CAGAAUGAGCAGCUGGUUACGCUGUAUUGCCUACAGUCAAUAAUAGUAGAAUAAAUGUAUGGACGUUGGCUAUAGCUGAAUGGUAGGCUAUCAACACAGCAAGUAGCUACUUCUGGUUAAUAUUUGACCUCAACCAAUGGGCAGGUAGAAACUCAUACAGUUUUAGUCCACUGUCAACACCAUUGGUCCAGACCGACCUGGUGAAGGGAGUUGAAGUUGGCCUGCAAAGCCAUGACAUAACAUGUAACCUGACAAAAUGGAGAGGGGAAAUUAUGGUGGCUACUCCCGGGAGUAUUUUGACCGCUUUAUUGAAAGCCAAGACUCAUCUGUUGUGAACAAGUUCCAGCAAAAGUACUGGAAAACCAAACAGAAGAUCAUCAAGGUCACAGGAAAGAAAGAGGACGAACAUGUCGUGGCGUCAGACGCAGACCUGGAUGGCAAACUGGAGGUGUUUCACUCUGUCCAGAGAACGUGCAUGGAGCUAUUGAAGGUGAUCGAGCAGUACCAGAGAAGAAUCUGCUUUCUAUCCCAGGAGGAGAAUGAGUUGGGGCGGUUCCUGCGCUCACAGGGCUCCCAGGACCGGACCAGGGCUGGGAAGAUCAUGCAGGCUACCGGGAAGGCCCUCUGCUUCUCCUCCCAGCAGAGGCUGUCUCUGCGUAGUCCUUUGUCUCGCCUCUACCAGGAGGUGGAGACUUUCCGAUACCGGGCCAUCUCUGACACCUGGCUGACGGUGAACCGCAUGGAACAGUCCAGGACGGAAUACCGUGGAGCACUGCUCUGGAUGAAGGAUGUAUCCCAGGAGCUCGAUCCAGACACACACAAACAGAUGGAGAAAUUCCGCAAGGUUCAAGUGCAGGUGCGAUCCACUAAAACAAGCUUUGACAAACUGAAGAAUGAUGUCUGCCAAAAAGUCGAUUUAUUAGGAGCCAGCCGCUGCAAUCUGCUUUCUCAUGUUUUAACCACAUACCAGACCACCCUGUUGCACUUCUGGGAGAAGACGUCUCACACUAUGGCUGCCAUUCAUGAGAGCUUUAAGGGCUGCCAGCACUAUGAGUUCUCUACAAUCAAGAGCCUCCAAGACCCCAUGGAUAAACUGUCAUCUCAGGGAUCGAAGAAAAAGAGGGAGAAGAAAGUCAAAACAAAGACCGAUCUUGAGGAGACUGCAGAUGGCCAACUUAUCUCAAUAGAUCCCAAUGAAGAGUCCAAUGAAGAAGCUCAAACCAAGACACCUUCUGGACAAUUCUUUGAAGACAUUGACCUUAAUAGACAAAUGACAGGGCCUGAGGAUCUUCUCUCAGCCUUCUCUCAUCAGGAGCAGGAGGAGGGUGGAGAGAGGGACAGCAUGGCCUUGUUGAAUGAGAUCCUGGGCAGCACGUCUCUGGAUGAGGGCGAGUUCUCACAGGAGUGGCAGGAGGUGUUUGGUAAGGGGGACCAGGGGAGCGGAGCCACUAGUAGAGGGGGCCUAGUGGAACCCCAGCAGGAGGAAGACUCCUCCAUCUUCCUCCCAUCUCACCUCCUGGACCAGAACAGGAACAACCUCCAAUCUUCUCUCUCAGAUUGGGCCACGAGCAUUCCACAGCCCAUCUCCCAGGCAACAGAGCAAUCAUCUGGAGCCAAUCAGAACCCCUCUAGGCCAACAGCAGUGAGAGAGACUCCAGAGACCGCCAAAGACCUCUCAGCCUGGUUCAACCUGUUCGCCGACUUGGACCCUCUGUCGAACCCAGACGCAGUAGGCAGGAGUGGGCAGGAGCAUGAGCUUCACAACGCAUAGACCUGCGACCUGAUUCACAUCCAGGGCAAGCUCCUACGCUAUAAGUUAGCAUAAUGCACAACAAGGUUAUGGUUAUUUUGCUGUUAACAUCUGUUCUAGGGUCAUCUCUUUCUCAACCCCCGUCCUACUCCUUACCAUUGAGUUAAACAACAAUUUUACCCUGACCCAGCUGUUAGAGGCAUUUACUGUACAAGUAUUCAAUGGUAUCAAUCAAUUGAGCUUGAAAUCGUGAAUUCCAAAAGAAAACAAAUGUUAUUUGUGUCUUUGUUUAACAUGAUUUAUCAAUGUUUAUAAGUUAAGUUGUCAGAGCGGGUAGAUGCUUUCAACAACCAAAGGAUGUACGAAGGAUUCAUGAUUAGCUUUUUCAGAAUUAUUGCCUUGUCAUUUGGGUAUACCUGUAAGGUUUCUGGUGGUGACAAUGAUGAGGCCUUUACACCCAGCUCAACAAUAGGAAAAUCAGUAUACAGUAUGAAAGGGUAAAAUAUGUAUCAGUUUUGUCUGAUAGAUCAUACAUUUAUUGCAUGUUUUGUGUAAUCCUUAUUUGAUUGUGAUUGUACUCACGAUAUGUUACUGUUGACAAUAACAUAUCUAACAUUUGAUUUGUUUGAGAUGGCCUGGAAUAAAUUCAAGGUGUGUUAUAGAGCAGCGCACUAGACCGCUGACAAUGCACCUUUUUAAAAGGCAUUUUCUCAGAUGUUUGUGGAAAUCCUAUUCACGGUAACCACUGCACAUGUCGGCUCCAACGUAAAUGACCUUAGUCUGUUCUGGUGCGCUGUUCUAUAACACGCCUCAGAUUGCAUCCCAGCCUAGGUAUACAUUUAUUAACUAGCUGCACUUUCAAGUACACAAUCUGUAUUCUAUUGUUUGGAGAGCAACCUAUGGAAGAGUGAGAAAUGUGCAUAACACAUUCUAACCUGCAUAAAAUACAUAUGUUGUAAUUGGUGACUGGUUUUAAGCUUGUAAACAAAAUUAUUAGAAUUAUAUUUUAAUUGUGGAGUGCUGAAAAGUGUGCAUUUUGAUUUUGUCAGUAAAAAUGUGCUAAAUGAGACUAACUUAUUAGAAUUCAACUAUUGCCAUUGUUUACAUUAAAGCCUUGUUUAUUC